AUGCGGCGUAUCGAGCAACCUGCAUCGACAGCCCAAAAUGCUGUACAAGAAGUUUUUCCAAAAGAGGAAGAAGAAGAAGAAGAAGAAGAAGACAGCAGCAACACUCAACCGACCAAAGACUUUAAUUCUCCGGCAGAAUACCAAAAGUUACUCGCAGAGUAUCCAGGUCUACGCAUCAAACUACGGGAUAUUUAUAAGACUACCCAGGAAGAAGCAUGGGAUACUGCGUCCUUUACACCCCAUCAUCGCGAGAGGCCGAAUCGAGGAGCCUGGACGGCAGAAAAGGGGUUUAAUCGGGGUGUCGGGAAAGUUAGGAAAUGGAGAGAGACCUGUGAGGAUGGGGAAUGUACGGGCUCUGAUGCCGAGGGCUUUAUGAAAUUUAUUGCCCUGGUUGUUGGUGAGCGUGGAGAUAUGGAGUAUGGAGUGGUUUUACUGAGAUGGGUUUUUGGCAGAGCUACUGCACAAGUCUAUUUCAAGUUCCUAAUGCACAUCACUCCCAUCACGCCGAGUGAAUGA